CCCCCGCACGCUCCGUACAGCACACAUGUUGGCUGUGUUGUGAACAUGGGUUUGUAGUUGGUUGUGAAUGAACGUGACUGCGCUCCCCGGGGUUGUGUUUGGAUUUAAAUUUAAGCAGACAGGCUGUAGCUAGCGUUUUGUAAACCUCAUAUGACACGUUUCAAUUAACAGCAGUGACAAAGUGGCGGGGAGCUCGGCGGUGUAGCUACUGUAUUAGCCACCGCUGCUUAACGUUAGCUAACAGUGACGACUCGCAAGGAGUAACUGGACUAAAACUGGUGGUGGUAGCUAGUCACUCAGCUGCUGGCGACGUUUAAUUUUGGUACAUUAAUUUUCACGUUUCCUCGCUAGCCUAUAAAAUGUCUGCCAUGUCAAACGAGUCCAGGAAACGUAGUAAGAAGCGCUAUGUGGUCGGACACCACAGCAAGCGCUCCAAGGGCUCCAGGGAGCUGGAGGUGGGCAUGCAGGGCAUUCUCAUCACAUGCAACAUGAACGAAAGGAAGUGCACUGCCGAGGCGUUCAAUCUCCUGAAUGAAUACGCCGAUAAAAUCUAUGGCCCCGAGAAGUUGCAAGAUAAUGACAGGAGUAGUAGCGAAGAAGAGGAGGAUGAAGAUGAUGUUGAUGCAGCCCUGAAGAAGGAAGUGGCUCAGCUGCAGGCAUCCAGAGUUAAACAGAAGAGGCGCUUUGAGGCUUUGGACAGCGGUGCAAACAAUGUCAUCUUCAUCAGGACUCAAAAUCUGGAGCCUGACAAGCUGGUGCAUCACAUCCUGUCUGAUCUCCACACCACCAAGAAGAAAAAGUCCCGUGUCAUCCUUCGAAUGCUGCCUGUAAAUGGGACAUGUAAGGCCUUCCAGGAGGACAUGGAGAAAUACCUGACCACUUUCCUAGAGCCCUGGUUCAAAACCCCAAACCAUGCCACCUACCAGAUUGCCUUCAAGGCCCGCAACAGCAGCCACAACAAGAGAGAUGAAAUAAUCAAAUCAAUUGCAGGUCUGGUGGGGAAGCUGAACCCAAAGAACAAGGUGGAUUUGACCAACCCAGAACUCACUAUCAUCGUGGAGGUUAUCAAGGCUGUGUGCUGCAUCAGUGUGGUACAGGACUACCCUCUGUACAGGAAGUACAAUGUCCAGGAAGUGGUGAAAGAGGACGUAUCCAAAUCUGAUGGAAACUCAGCAAAAAAGGAUACACAAAUGACUGACCAGAAAGAGAAAGCAGAUGUAGUGGAGACAGACCGGGAAGAGAGGAAAGGUAAUGAAGAAGUGGCCAUAAAUGUGCCAGCACCCAACAAGGAGGGUGGCAAAGGUCAAGGAGAAGGAGAAUAAUAGGUCAGAUGGUGAGUUAGAUUAACAUUGAAAUACAUCUUCCUAAUCUUCUUCAUGGUAGCCUCUGUUGUAAUGGAUGGCAAAGCACCAGCUGUUUUACCUAAGCCAGCCAUGUUGUCCCAUAAAUGACACCAGACGAAAUAACAAAGUGGAUGUGAUGGCUUUGUUUUGGUAAUUACAGAAUACAUUAAUAUCAGUAAUAACUUCAUCUAGUUGGCCAUUUUGAAUUGAUUGUAAUGUUGCUAUCUGUCAGCAUUUCCCUGCAUAACUCUGCCAACACUGACAAUUUUAUUUUUUUAGAAGUCUGAAUUAUUUUCUCUUUGUGAUUUCAGUGUCAUUUUAUUUUUGAUGUGUCAUUUUUGAAAAGAACUGGUCCGGUGAACUGGUUUCCCCUCUAUUUCCAGUAACGUGUGAUGUUCUCUAAACCAAUGGGGGGGAGUAGAGGGGGUUGUAACUUUCCAAAGCAUCACAUGAAUUAAACUUAAUUAUGUGUUUGACUAUU